UGUAGAGAUCAAAUUAUAAAAACAGCGUCGCGGGAGACUGAAAGAUCUGAAAAUAAAACAGCAUCUAAAUGUCUCCGGAUUGUGUAAGUUCAGUUUCACGCAAACUUUUACAGUGUUUAUACAGAUAAUAUCAUCAUAUCUUUAUCAGUUUGUCACAAAAUUUGUGUGUUAAUCUCAUUAGAACAAGAAAAUGGAGGCCGCGAGGCAUCAGGCCGAAUGUACAAAAGAAAAAAUCAAACGACCAGUCAGAAAUAAACGAUACAACAGGAAAGCCUUUGGAGAAGAAAAGCGACCACCCAAGCGCCUUUUCACCCCUGAAAUAAAACGAUUUCUCAAAGACUGGCUGGUUAGACGACGAGAUAAUCCUUACCCAAACAGGGACGAGAAAAAGACUCUCGCAGUCCAGACCGGAUUGACAUACAUUCAAGUGUGCAAUUGGUUUGCGAACUGGCGCAGAAAAUUGAAAAACGCCGGCAAAGAACCACAAAGAAAAACCUGGGGCGACCUCAUAAAAACUUACAAUACUCAAGUGCAAGGAAAUGUGGAGCAUUUCAGCAUUUGCUCGGACGACAGCAUUUGGGAGGAACCGGAUAUCAUUUACGAUGACGCUGAACUACAAAAGUUUGAGGAACGGUUUGCUAAAAACCAGUCAGAUCAUAGUUAUGGACAAUUUUAUCAUGUUAAUAACAAUAAUAAUAAUAACAACAAUAUUGAUAACAGUGACCUCCAAAAUCAAUGUUACUUCGUAAGCUCCACCACAGAAGUAACAGAACAACCAGAAAACCCUUUCAGCCAGUCGGCCAACAAAUACAAAAACCACAUAAUGGAAAAGUAUAUGCGAGACUGUCAAAACGAACCAGAUAAAUCCACAAUGAUUGCCAAAUGGCUACAAAGCGCGGAACGGUUUCGACCUAAUGAAGGAAACUACAUCGAUUGGUCCUUUAAUAAACCUCAAAAGAAAAAGCAGCAACUGCAUAAAGGUGAUGACGGGGUAUACUUAGGACAACAUGGUAAAGAAGAGCUGGAUGCUGCUGAGGCAUUAACUUCGCUCGCCAACGCUAGCAGGCAUCUUAAUUGAUUUGUUAUGAGCGUUUGAUGAGAAAUAGGAGUGGAGCAAAAGUUUUUUUAAUUAAAUUGUCACUUAUUUGCUCAAAUUUUGAUUAUGUACUUUUUUAUUUAUAUAAGUAGUUUUUAAACUGUGAUCGAAAUAUGUUUGUUAAGUGUAUUAAAUUGUUUUUAAAGCAA